GUUUGGGUACGCUGUCAUUUAUGAACGUUAAAAUUGGGAAUCACAUUCCGUGUGGGGUCCCACUUUUCUUGACACCCAAAUCACAAUCCUUGCUGUAAUAGAUUCAUCGUUGAGAUAAAGGAACUCCAAUGGGGAGGAAAGGGGGUUGGUUUUCUGCAGUGAAGAGAGUUUUUGUUUCAUAUUCCAAAAAGGAACAGAAACAGCAUCAUCAUAAGUCAAAGUUAGGAUGUUUUGGGACUCAUCACUAUGAGGAUCUAGAAGGAGCGCCAAUUGCCGCUGUUCCUUCACUUCCACCAAGAAAAGACCCCAAACCAAUAAGUGAGGCAGAGAAUAAUGAACAGAGCAAACAAGCCUUUUCUUUGGUUUUGGCCACUGCUGUGGCGGCAGGGGCUGCUGUUGCUGCUGCUGCUGCAGAGGUUACUCGUCUCACAAACACGCCUCGUUCUAAUGGAAAAGCGAAUCAAGAAAUGGCAGCUAUCAAGAUUCAAACAGCAUACCGUGGAUAUUCGGCAAGAAAAUCCUUGCGUGGCUUGAGAGGUUUGUCGAGGUUGAAAACGUUGGUGCAAGGGCAAUCUGUUCAACGACAAGCGGCUACUACCUUGCAAUGCAUGCAAACUCUUUCACGGUUGCAGUCUCAGGUUCGUGCAAGGAAGGUCAGAAUGUCUGAGGAGAAUCAAUCUCUUCAAAGGCAACUGCAGCAGAAACGUGAAAAGGAAUUUGACAAGUCGCAAGCUAAUCAGAUUGGAGAGAAGUGGGAUGAUAGCUUGAAAUCAAAGGAGCAAGUUGAAGCCAAAUUGUUGAACAGGCAAGUAGCUGCUAUGAGAAGAGAAAAGGCUUUGGCCUAUGCAUCAACACAUCAACAAACGUGGAGGAACUCUUCAAAAUCUGCUACAAAUGCCACAUUUAUGGAUCCAAACAAUCCCCAUUGGGGUUGGAAUUGGCUAGAGCGAUGGAUGGCUGCAAGGCCGUGGGAGGGUCAAAACACUACAUACCACAUUGGCCAUGCAUCUGCCAAAAGUGUUGCAAGCCAAACCAUGUCAGUUGGUGAAAUCACUAAAUUGUAUUCUCUCCGUGAUCAGAAUAAUGAUAUCAAAACUUCACCAGCAAACCAAAAACCAACCCGUCCCUGCAGCCACAAUUCCCCUUCAACAACACCCUCAAAGGUCCCAUUAGCCAAUGGAGCAAAAACAAAGGUACUAUCAAGUUCAAGGGGUGGUUCAUGGGGGGGUGAUGGUGACUCAAAAAGCAUGUUCAGCAAAAACUUAGAAAACACUCGCAGGCACAGCAUUGGAGUGUCUCAAGUGAGAGAUGAUGAGAGCAAUUCAAGCUCAUCACCGUCUACAAAGGUCGCAACCAAGGUAAAGUCAUCAUCAUCAUCAUCCAAAGUGAGAAGUGCAUCGUUUGGUGUACAUAGAAAUGGAACACCUGAAAAAGCAACUUCUGCUCCCCUAAAGAAGAGGCUUUCUUCCCCUGCUUCUCCAGCCGGUAUAAGAAGGUAUGCUGUUUCAACUAGGCCGGGAAAUGUGGCUUCCAACAAGAGUGUUGCUAAUGCUAUACCAUCUCUGAUGAGGAGAAAGUGAGAGUGAGAAAUGGAGGGAGCAGGUAGGGAUGCAUCAUGCUCAUGCAUGCCAUUGGUGUUGUACUUAGAAUAGAAAUAUGAAUGAAGAUGAGUCAAAUAAAAGAUGGCAUCAUCUUUUUAUGGGUCCUAUCAUAUUUAAAAAAUAGUUUUGAUUAAGCAACAAUGUUAAUCUAUAUAAACAAUGAUAUUUGUAUUACAGGA